AUGGCCUCUGCCGUUCUGAGCGGUGUCGCCCUAGCUGGUCCGGCCGCAUACGGUAUCUGUCAGGCAGGCUGCUCUGGAGUCGUUAUGGCGUGUUAUGGAGCUGCAGGCUUUACAUGGGGAGCUACACUGGGAGCCUCCGCACCUGCCUCCAUCCUUGCAUGCAACACGGCCUUCGGCGCCUGCCAGGCGUCCUGCCAUGCUGUCCUUUUUAUACCUGGCCCAUGA